GAGGAGGAAGCCUGCAACCAGCUGCCGUGGAAUGAUUUUGCUGCGUUUGCCCCUGGGGGGCCCUCUUGUCUACACGUCUUUGUCUAUACCGGCGUGGUGGACAGUGCCAGUCAGCAAGUUAGUCCACGCUGGGGAGCACGAUUUCUGUUUCCCUGUCCCCUGCCCAUCCCACCGCCUGCAUCGGGGGGAUUCCCGCUGAGAAUCUUCCGUCAGAUUGAAAACAUUCCUGACUCCAGAGAGCUCUGGUUCAGUAGCCGGAAGCUCGCCAGUGACUCUCGCUAUGAUCCUCGGAUUGGUUUGUGUAGUCAUCAUCGCCAGUUAAAGCAUUACUUCAUGAUGCAUGUGUGUGAAUACGCGAGUGGAGUGAAACGUAUGCUCAAGGUGAGACCGCCGUCUGCACCGCCCUCCCUUCCACCAACAGUGAGACUGAUACUAGGCCAACAGUCUCGCCGGUCCCCGUUGACUGCAGUUCCAAGACUGAAGAACGGGCAAGAGAUUCCCACCUUUCGAACGACGUUGGGAAGUAAUGUGGCGGUACUGUGUGAAGCCAGUUAUACCACCAUGAUCAUAAUUCAACAACCCCCGCGACUCUGUUUCCGUUGGCGCUUGGUGGAGAAUGACACAGCCGCGGACUGGCUUCCGAUGGAAUGUCUUCAGAUGAGGCAAUCGUCCGGGCGGCGAGCCGUAUACGCUCAGCACCGAUAUGACUUAACUGUUCGUCGGCCGGUCAGUAUGGUUGAAUGUGAAGUUACCGAAAUUAGUCGGGCUACGGAGCCUCAGCGUGCUAUUGUUCGUUUAGAGGCGAUAAAUGCCACCGAGGAGACGCUUCGGAUAGUCAGUUCACUGCUGCAGAAAAAUGGAUCCGCCGACUACAGGAUAUUUCACGAAGCAGCCGGCGAAAACUUGACGACCGCGCUUUUUGUGCACAACACCAGCCGACAUAGAUGGAUCUGUGGUGUUGAAAUUCCCCAAGGAGUGCAACAUAUGCUGGUUACUCUUCAGCAGGGAGAUUUGCAAAGUAACAUUUCCAUCUACACGACGCCCCAGUAUCAUGUAAGCGGUCUCCAUGGGUUUUUAAACCAUCCUUUCAAUCUAACCUGUGGUCAGCACUCUGUCAACUCGAGGAAGAUUACAGAACUGUUCGCACAAAGCCUGACCUCCAUAAACUGGCUAGUCUUCACUGAUGGACUACUGCUUCUUAACCAGUCACGGAGUAACACUACAGGCAACCUUAUACUGCCCCCAUUUGUGAAUGACUCCUCUCUGUUUCAGGCUCCACUAUUUUCAUAUACAACUAGCCGAACCACCGGGCUAAGUUCCGAAAUCGAGGAGAGUCAAAACAUAGAAACUUUGCUUGCAAAGCUGAAUGAUAUUCGUUUGCCAGAUAUGCAGGCUGCUCCACGUAAUAUUUGCGUCUCCUGUGAGGCCCAUCAUACAGUCUGGACCAGUUGCAGCCCGCUGGUUUGUCAGAGGUUAGAUUUCAGUGACGAUUUCUUUACCAGUCCGCUUGCCUCUUCCAUUUCCACCGAGGUGGAUCCCCUCGCAGUACACACCCAUCUUCCCUCGUUUGAGCCGAUGGACCUCGCGGGACCGGACUCCAACAUCACCUUCCGAGUUACCGCCGCCUAUCCCGCAUACCCACCUCUCUCUAAAGACAAGUUGACCGAGCUGACGGUGUUUGCUGUGCUUUCGCCGCCAAACUCGACGCAGAACAUCACCGUCCAAUGUGUGGCUGUGAAUUUGGCGGGUGAAGCCAAGUCGAGCCUCUCGCUAAUUGUUGUUCUGGGCUCUGCCUCCUCAAAGUACUCUCUGAUGUUCCAUCGAGUCGUGCGGAGUUCCGUCUUCUGGAUCACUUUCCCCCUGAUCUUCUGCUUCUGUCUGUUCAUUGGUCUCGCCACCUGUAUUUAUAAAAAGAGUCGAAAAGUAGCAAUUGCGGAAAAGCUAAUACAGAUGGACAAUAUGCUGUAUGCCAGACCGACCAAGUCUCAACUUCUGGAGGUUUCGAGUGCUACUUAUUCGUCCAACCAGCUCUUCAUUAAGCAGUUGAUGCCCACAGAAGAAAUGAGGAAGAAGUGGUGCCUUGACAGAAGGAAUUUAAAGGGGCUUUCAAAGCCGCUAGGAACGGGUCAUUAUGGCACUGUGCUCAAGGGGGUCUACGUCUCGUCCGACCGCAAGAAUAAAAAGUCAGCUGAUGAUUCCUUCUUUGUUGCUGUUAAAACUCCCUCUGCUGAACUCAGCAGUCUGACUUGCUUCAGGAAUGAACUCCUGCACCUGAUGAAACUAUCUGGGGGACCAAAUAUUGUCAGUUUGAUUGGUUGCAUCGUUGGUGCUAGAGAGGACAUGGGUGACUCCCUCCUCCUCAUGGAGUUCUGCCCGAACACAAGUCUGAGUGAGUAUCUGGUGCGGAUUUUUCACCCAAGGCACUACCAAGCCAACCUUCCUCGGACCUUUCAGAGCGUGGAAGGCAACUCCAACACGCUGAGCACUCGUCUUUCCUCAACUACCUUUCCGUACGAGGCCUUUUCAGGCAGUACUUCCAGCGAUGGCUAUGUUUCCGUCCUUCAACCGCAACCACCCGGUUCUUACGUCUGGAGGGGCCUCUACCGCGACAGUGGUUGGAUGUUCUCCCGACAUCGACGUGCACAAACUGGCAAUUCCUUUGUCUAUCAGCGCAUCGAUGGUGACUAUAGCACCUUCCUGAUGGGUAUAGCCCAGGGUAUUGCCCGAGGGCUGGAAUUUCUCAGCCAGAAUUUUGUCAUUCAUCGCGAUAUUGCCACACGAAAUAUCCUUCUGGACAGUCGUCAGGUGCCCAAAAUUUGUGACUUUGGAUUAGCCGUCACGGUAGUGCAGGAGUCCUCAGCCACUGAUGGCACAAACCUGGCCUCCGAUGCUAGCGCAGGCUGCUACCGUAUCAUUACCUUCGCUAAACAGCUGCCCUUCCGCAUACUGCCACCGGAAGCCCUGUCUAAGCAGAUGUUUUAUCUGACCUCUGACGUCUGGGAAUUUGGACUUCUGCUCUGGCAAAUGUUCUUCCUCGAGACCCGAAAGCCCUUUGAGAGUGUACAGACCUCAGAAGCCCUGCUUCGGCUCCUCACUUCCACAACCAGCCGCCCUCCGGACAGCUCCCCCAUCUCCCCACCUGCGACUCUGGAUCGUCCGCCGUCAGUGCCCUCCGGCCUAUGGACACUGAUGUGUGAUUGCUGGCGG